GAAUAUAUAAUUUACUCAUCAACAUUUGAUAAUUAAUUCGAUACUGUAUAUAAAGCCAGCAAUUUCAUAAUGUGCCAGUGAAUUUCCAUUUUUCAUUAGAUUCGCAGUAUUGUUUCGCUUCAAUAAAAAUGUUCAGUUUCAAAUUUUUCGUAUUCGUUUUUAUAUUUUCCUUAUUGAAAAUAGUCCAAACAACAAAAACCGGUGACCAUAAAUCAGCUUUUAGAAAUUUGUUUACUUUGCCAGAUCCAGAGACGGUGAAUGAGGCAUUGAGGGAACGUGGAGGAUUAAUAUGGAAACGUCCCGAUUCAUUGCCAUUUCCAUAUAUUUGGCAUACAUUCAAGCUCAAUGACCCUGACACAAAAGAAGAGGUUGAAUAUAUAAUUCAAGACAUACCCGUUGAUAGAUACGAUGAAGUAUUACAAUUAUUGGCUGAUUUCACUCUCAAACAUGAACCAACAUACGUGGCGCUUAAACUGUGGGAUGAUGCAGAUGCUGUGAAACAUCUCAAGUUUGCAUGGGAUCUUGCACUCAAACAGAAAUUAUCACUGGCUUGCUUUAGAAAUGGAUCAAGUGAAAUUAUUGGCAUCAAUAUAUUAAAUAUCGAAGGGAAAGAUGAUGAGAUGUAUAAAUUAUUCCCAGAAGAUUAUGUUGGCAUAAAUUUCAAUGCGUUAAUUGAAUUGUCACGCAUGGUGCAUGGAAGCUAUGACAUAUUCAAAUAUAGUGAUACAUUUUUGAGUAGUACCGCUCUUGGCAUCGCUCCAUACUAUCUCAGUAAAUCGAUACCAAUUGACCUAGAAAUGAUUAGGACCAGAGAAAAAAUAUGCAAACAAUUUGGCAUAAAAUUGUCAUUGGCCAUAUUCUCGUCGAAACAUUUAAAUAAAUUAGCCGAUAGUCUUCAUUUUAAAAUAAAAAACGCCAUCAGCUGUAUGGACAUUCAAAAAAGAAUUCCCAGAAUGAAAUUGCCACGCGAUAUUUCUGGAGGAAUAACUCUCAGGGCGAUCCAAUAUAACUGGACCGAUCAUCAAGACGAAGCAACGAAUUCCCUCAUAAACUGAACAGCACAACAAAUCUUUUAGAGAAGAUCACAAAACUGAUUGGGAAAUUGUGAUUUCAAACUUAUAAUUCAAAUCCAAUAAAAAUGAUUAUUUACCCGAAAUCUUUUGCUCAAAUAAUAAA